AAUCAUCAAUUAAAUAAUAAAAAACAAGAGCACUGCUAAUCAAGCUUUUGUUUUUGCCUUCUUCUUCUCUUCUCUGGUCAUUGUGGUUUCAUUCACCCCUUCGAAGUUUUAGUAUGAAGAGAGAGUGUGUAUGUGUGUGUGUGUGUUUUGUGGAGCCGAGGGAACACUAAAGAAGCUCCGAGCAGCUGUGGAAGGAGACAAUAGAGGGAAGAAGAGGGGAAACAAAGGAAUACCCAUUGUUUUUCUUCUUCAUUUCAAUGGGUUUUCUUGACUAGAAGUCUUUGUUUGUUGAUAUGUGAUAUUGGGAUAUGGAGAGGGUUGCGGAGCCAAAGGUACUUCCUCGGUCCUUACCUGUUCUUGUUGAGGUAUCUAAUGCACACACAGCUGCAAUAAGAGAGGCAGGUCAGAAACUAAAUGGGCAUGAUGUUUCAAGUGUGCGUGGAAUUUCAGUGAGAGAAGUGAAUCAGUUUUCUAAAGCACGGGAUGGUCCGAUGACACGUUUGGCUUCCAUCAGAGAAGUGGCUCAAUUAUCAAAUGCGCGUAUAGUUUUGGUAAGGGAAGAUAUGGGAUUCGAUACACGAUCCUCUCAAGAACCAGUCUCCCCUGUGCCUACAAGAACAUGGAAAGGAAAGGGCUCUUUACCAGAACCUGAAGAUCUUAUGCCUGAUAUUGAGACAUUGAAGGGCAGCAAUGAUCCUUUAGGGGAAACUGGUCCAAGUUCGUUUGCCGGUGCUAGUCAUCCCCCAGAACCUGUUGAUACUGAUCUUAUGAGAACGGUUUAUGUACCAAUUGGUCAAAGCAAAUCUGAGGCCGGAUGCUUAAUGAAGAGCAUGUCCUUGAAGGGUCCUUUCUUAGAUGAUCUUUCAAUUCGUGUUCCAACUAAGAAACCAAGCCUAGCUGUUGUUUCUCCUACGGAAAGUCUUGUUGAAGAAUCAAAUGACAUGGUUAACUCAUCCUCACCAUUUUCUGGUGCUCGUGCGUCACAGAAUAUGGAGAACUCUCCCCUUGCCCCAGAUUCUGAGGAGAAAGAAUGUGUUUGGGAUGCUUCUUUGCCUCCAAGUGGCAAUGUCAGUCCUCAUAGUAGUAUUGAUAGUACUAGUGUUGUCAGAACAAUGAGCAUUGUUAAUAGUUGUGCAAGUACAUAUCGGAGUGAUGCAGUCACUAGUGAUGGCAUGCUUAGUUUAGACAGAAAUUGUGAUAGCACUAAAGGAAGUGUAAGGGGGGAUUCACUUGAGAGUGCAAAAACUAGUGCUAGUCGAGCAAGUGAUAGCAGUGGCCUCAGUGAUGACAGCAACUGGAGUAACAUUACUGGUAGUGCCAAUAAGCCUCACAAAGGAAAUGAUCCUAGGUGGAAGGCUAUCCUUGCCAUUAGAUUACGGGAUGGAAUUUUGGGCAUGAGUCAUUUUAGGUUACUCAAACGACUUGGUUGUGGUGACAUUGGAAGUGUAUAUCUCUCAGAACUGAGUGCAACACGGUGUUUUUUUGCAAUGAAAGUUAUGGACAAGGCAUCCUUAGCAAGCAGAAAUAAGCUGACUAGAGCACAGACAGAAAGAGAGAUAUUGCAGUUGCUGGACCAUCCAUUUCUACCUACGUUGUAUACUCAUUUUGAGACUGACAGAUUCUCCUGUUUGGUAAUGGAAUACUGUCCUGGGGGUGACCUACACACUUUAAGACAACGGCAACCUGGGAAACAUUUCUCAGAGUAUGCUGCACGCUUCUAUGCUGCUGAGGUCCUGUUGGCACUUGAAUAUCUUCACAUGCUUGGAGUUGUGUAUAGAGACCUUAAACCUGAAAAUGUAUUGGUCCGAGAUGAUGGUCAUAUAAUGCUCUCAGACUUUGAUCUUUCACUCAGAUGUGCUGUUUCACCUACCCUUAUUAGAUCUUUCGACGGCGACCCCUCGAAACGUGCUGGUGGCGCAUUCUGUGUUCAACCUGCUUGUAUUGAACCUUCAUCAGUAUGCAUCCAGCCUUCAUGUUUCAUGCCUCGGCUCUUUGCUCCGAAAAAUAAGAAAUCGCGAAAGCCUAAAGCUGAACUUGGCCUGCCGUCCAGCACGCUUCCAGAGCUUGUUGCUGAACCAACAGCAGCUCGGUCUAUGUCUUUUGUCGGCACUCACGAAUACCUUGCCCCUGAAAUCAUCAAAGGAGAAGGCCAUGGAAGUGCAGUUGACUGGUGGACAUUUGGAAUAUUCUUGCAUGAGUUAUUAUAUGGUAAAACUCCUUUCAAAGGAUCUGGAAACCGUGCCACGCUUUUCAAUGUAGUAGGUCAGCAGCUCAGGUUUCCCGAAUCACCGGCCACGAGUUAUGCCAGCCGUGAUCUGAUCCGAGGCUUGCUGGUGAAGGAGCCUCAGCACCGUCUCGGAGUGAAGAGAGGUGCAACUGAGAUCAAACAGCACCCCUUCUUUGAAGGCGUGAACUGGGCAUUGAUUAGGUGCAGCACACCACCAGAAAUUCCAAGGCCAGUUGAAACCGAACCACCAGCUAAGUUUGAAGCAGUUGAUACUAUUGGUGUUAGCAACAACAGUAGUAAGAGAAUGGUAGGUAAUGACAUGAAGUCUGGGGGUAAUUAUCUGGACUUUGAGUUCUUUUAGUUUGGAUUCUUCAUUCUACUUUGUAUUUUUAUUUCCUUCAUCUGUUAAUUUUACAAGCUAUC